AUGGCAUUAGUAGAUGCAGACUGCAAAUUUUUGUAUGUUGAUGUUGGUAGCUGUGGACGAGCCAGUGAUGGCAGAGCUCUGGAUAGGUGUAGCCUAAAGCAGGGGGUUGAGGGUAAUGUGUUAGAUAUUCCUCAACCAGAGAAUAUACCUCUUUCUGAUAAGAAGUGCCCUUAUGUAUUUGCUGGAGAUGAUGCCUUCCCCCUAAAAACUUACCUAAUGAAACCAUAUCCAGGAUGGGAUCAAACCCAUGACAAAAUUACAUAUAACUACCGUGUUUCCCGUGCUAGGAGGACAUCUAAGAAUGCGUUCGGUAUUCUUGCUGCAAGAUUUCAAAUAUUCAAGCAGCCCAUAAGAAUAUCACCAGAGAAGGUAAAUGACAUAUUAUUGGCUGCUGUAACCUUGCAUAAUAUGUUGCAUGAAUCUUCUAGCAAUUCAUAUACACCUCCUGGAUUUAUUGAUGCUGAGGAUAUGGAAAGUGGAAGAAUCCAAGUAGGCCAUAUGCACCACUUCCCAUACGGUGCUGUAGAAGGUUUGGAGGCUGUUGGUAGGGGCCAUUCAAAUGAUGCCAAAAAUAUAAGGGAGAAAUUCAGACUACUUCAACAAUGA